GUUCAGGCACCAUGGCUUCGGUAGGACCCGAGGGUGCAGAAUUGUUCAGCAGAGGUCGCUCGAGCAGCGUUGAGAUGAUUUCUCCUCAGCAGUGCAGAGACUGAUCUGAAGUCAGGCAGAUGAAGCCUGUUGGUCUAGCCAAAGGCAGUUUGGAUAAAGGUGCCUCAACCAAGAAAGAAGAACUCAUUGCAGCAAGAAAUGGAGAGGAGAAAUCAGAUGGAGACGCAGUGAUAGCAGCCAGGCUGGCCUCCUCCGCUGCAGCAGAGGCGAUGAUGAACGGCACUGAAUGUGACGACACGAGGCACAAGAGCCCGACGCACGGCUCCACAUCAGGCAGCAAGACGUUACUGUUGGUGAAUGAAAACGGCGUGCUGGACACGGAGCCGCCGCACGGUUCUGUUACUGGAAGUAAUGGAUUAAUUCUAUCGAAACAGCAGGAGGGCGGCUCAUCCCCUCACAGGACUAACUGGUCGCCUUCGGGCUCAGUCUCAGGGGGACACACGGCCAAACCCUCAGCGUCUGGGGGUGCACAGAGUUCAGGUGCACUAAGGACUGACCCCAGUACAGGAACGGCGUCAGGACAAGGGACAUCAGACACUAAAAAUGGCACAGCAUCGCCGCCUGUAUCGGCUCCAACACCGGUGUUGAUACACCGAGCACGCAAGACCAUGUCUAGACCCGCCGUCAGCCCGGCACAGAAGCUUCUUAACAAGGAGUUAAGAGAAGCAAAGAUGGCCAAAAUGGAGAAAAUGGACACUCAUGUUGCACCUGAGACUCAUAAACCCUCACAGCAAUGCUCUGUUCAGAACCAUCUACCUCAGAGUCCACCGGAUACGCCAGCUACAGCACAAACGGCUUCAUCCACCACACCAGCACCUCCACCUGCUGCAGCACCUCCAUCCGCUGUAGCUUCUCCUGCAGCCCUGGCAGCUUCAUCAGCUCCUCUUUCUUCUGCGGCUCCUUCGACUCCUGCAGCUCCAGCUAAGCUCCAACUAGGCUCUCUCUCAGGAGGUUCAUCGUCCCGUAAGUUGAAGAAGAAGAGGAGGAUGGGAACUUACAGCUUGGUCCCCAAGAAGAAAACCAAAGUGCUAAAGCAGAGAUCUGUACUGGAAAUGUUUAAGGAAAUCCAACAAUCUGCUACGAGCCCGCAGGUCCCACAGACUAAAGAGGUAGCAAACAUUAAUGGUGGGAAGGUUGAAAAUGCAUCUGAGGAGGAAGAGUCAGAGGAGGGGGAGUCUGAGGAAGAGGAGCGACGGCGCCUGUCAAAAGAGCCUGUCAGUGCCGUUGAAGAACAAAAACCUAAACCCAUCAACCAGGUGGAAGAAGAGCAGGAGUCUGAAGAGUCUGGUGAGGAGGAGGCAGAGGAGGAGGGCACAGAGUCCGACUUGAGCACAGAGUUUAGUCUGAAGAGGAAGCUGAAAAAGAAAACAAAAGCAGACAGCGCGUGGCUCCGUCCGUCCAGGAAACGAAAGAGGAGGAUAAAGAGCAGAGGAUUGUCGUCCCUCUCAGAAACUGAGGAAAUGGAUCAGCCUCACAGCUCAGCAAACGCUCAGACAGGAGACAAGAAAUACACGCAGAUCCUCUCACCUGAGUCCGCCAAACUCAACAACCUACAAGAGCCAGCAGCUCCCUCACCAAGCAAAGUCACUCCAGGAUCAAUGAUCGAGGAGGCUCAUGAGCUCCCGCUCUGCAGCUGUCGCAUGGAGACGCCCAAGAGUCGAGAGAUUCUCACGCUGGCAGACAGGAAGUGCAUGGCCACAGAGAGCAUUGACGGACAGCUUACCCGCUGCCAGAGCGCAGUCGUGAAACAUGAAAUGAUGCGUCCUUCAAAUUCAGUUCAGCUACUUGUUCUCUGUGAUGACCACCGCAAUGGCAUGGUGAAGCACCAGUGCUGCCCCACCUGUGGCUACUUCUGCAGGGCUGGAACCUUCAUGGAGUGCCAACCAGACGUCAAUAUCUCCCACCGUUUCCAUCGUGCUUGUGCCUCGAUGCUCAAAGGCCAAAGUUUCUGUCCUCACUGUGGCGAGGAGGCCAGUAAAGCUAAAGAGGUCACCAUUGCAAAGGCAGACACCACCUCCACUGUUCCCUCUACGCUCCCACAUGGACCUGCAACACCAGGAGUCGUUGAAGGCCGAGCAGACACCACCACAGGCGGCCCUUCUCGUUUAGCUGCAGGGCCUGAAGUGAGCGGCAGGGCUGACAGCUCACUCUGUAAUCGUUCUUUGCAUGGAUUCGACACCUCUGCAGUCCCUGGAUCAUCUAGAACAGUAACCCUGCAGGCCGGGACUGGAACACCAACCCAUCACAGUGCUCCAAGAGAGACUUUAGAAAGCCUCCUGGUAGCUCUCGACACAGAGAAGCCCAAGAAGCUGCGUUUCCACCCCAAGCAACUUUACGUCUCGGCCAAACAGGGAGAACUCAAGAGAGUCUUGCUCAUGUUGGUGGAUGGUAUUGACCCUAACUUUAAGAUGGAUUCUCAGAACAAACGCACCCCGCUUCAUGCUGCAGCUGAGGGAGGAUACAAGGAAAUCUGUCACAUGCUCGUACAAGCUGGUGCAAACUUGGACAUGUGUGAUGACGAUCAGCGGACGCCUUUGAUGGAGGCCUGUGAGAACAACCACAUGGAGACAGUCCUGUAUCUGCUCAGAGCUGGAGCCAGCGCCACACACAAGGAUGCUGAAGGGUUCACCUGUCUCCACCUAGCGGCAAAGUCGGGUCAUUACCAGAUCGUUGAGCAUCUUCUGUCAACUGGAUUGAUCAACAUAAACUGUCAGGAUGACGGAGGCUGGACGGCGAUGAUCUGGGCAACAGAGUACAAGCAUGUGGACCAGGUGAAGCUGCUUCUGUCCAAAGGAGCUGACAUCAACAUCAGAGACAAGGAAGAGAACAUCUGCCUCCACUGGGCGGCCUUCUCAGGCAGCGUUGACAUCGCUGAGCUGCUCCUGAAUGCUCACUCUGAUCUACAGGCCGUAAACAUCCACGGAGACUCUCCUCUGCACAUCGCUGCCCGGGAGAAUCGUCUGGAUUGUGUUACGCUUUUCCUAAAUCGAGGAGCAGAUGUGUUUCUGAAGAACCGCGAGGGAGAAACUCCUCCAGACUGCUGCAGCCACAGCUCGAAGGCCUGGGCAGCUCUGCAGGCCAACAGGAAGGAGAGGGAUGCCAAGAACAGCAGGCACGCUCGAGCUGAGGAAAAAGUCCUCCACAGUGACAUAGCUCUUGGGCAAGAGAACGUCCCCAUUCCUUGUGUCAACGCGGUUGACAGUGAACCUUAUCCCGACAGCUACAGAUACAUCUCUGAAAACUGUGUCACCUCCCCCAUGAACAUCGACAGGAACAUCACACACUUGCAGUACUGUGUUUGUAAAGAAGACUGUUCAACAAGUAUCUGCAUGUGUGGACAGCUCAGUCUGCGCUGCUGGUACGACAAGAGUGGCCGUCUUCUACCUGAAUUCUGCCAUGAGGAGCCUCCUCUCAUCUUUGAGUGCAACCAUGCAUGCUCCUGCUGGAGGACCUGUAAAAAUAGAGUUGUACAGAAUGGACUUAGGACCAGGCUUCAGCUCUUCAGGACCAGCAAGAAGGGCUGGGGUGUCCGUGCACAACAGGACAUACCACAGGGGACCUUCAUAUGCGAGUAUGUUGGUGAGAUUAUCUCUGAAGCAGAAGCAGAGAUGAGGCAAAAUGACGCCUACCUGUUCAGCCUGGAUGACAAGCCACAAGAUCAAUACUGCAUAGAUGCCCGUUUCUAUGGAAACAUAAGCCGCUUCCUGAAUCACAUGUGCGAGCCCAACUUGUUCGCAUGUCGAGUGUUCACGACGCAUCAGGACCUCCGUUUCCCACACAUUGCCUUCUUUGCCAGUGAAAACAUCAGGGCUGGAGAGGAGCUUGGGUUCAACUAUGGUGACCACUUCUGGGAAGUCAAAAGCAAGCUGUUCAGCUGCGAAUGUGGCUCCUCCAAGUGCAAGUACUCGUCAGCAGCCAUGGCGUCGCUGCAGGCGGACAGCACCCCUGGGAACCAGCAGCAGCCCAGCGCUUCACCGGACACCAGCUCUUCCAACAGUCCCACCAGUCCUUCAUAAAACUGUCCUCACACUAAACAUCGCUGCAUGAACACAGGACUGACAGACUCACAGAAGCGCCGGUCUUCAUCCUCUUCUCAGAGAACUUGUACUGUAUCACCACUUCUGAUAGAAACAACGGACCAUUGACCUUUGUGAAAAACCGUUAACAGCUGCCACAUGGAACCAGAUGCACAAUCAAAUCCUGGACUCUUUAUUCCACCAUGUGUAUUUGACAUGAACAGCAGGGGGCAGCAUUUACACGCACAGCGAGUGUCAGACAUACGGUCAAAUCAGAUCUUUACAUUUCAUACAUACCUUUACAGGGGAGGAGAACAGGGCAUUUUGUUGUCUUUUACGUUUUUUAAGAUAUGGGGAGGAUAUGUUAAAUGGCUUUUCUUACAGAGUCAUGAUCAAGGUAUUUUCUGGAUAGGACAAAAGUUAUGUUGUCUUUUGCAAAGACAACCUCAAUUUCCAGCUGGAUUUAAUUUGUUUGACCUUUGUGGUCAUUAUCAUGAACCAUUCCAACAGAAUUAGCUGAUAAAUGUUGAAUUAUGUUGCCACUUCUUUGUGUAAAAUCAUCUUUGCUGCAGACUUUGAAGGACAGACAUGUCCAGCAUUUGCCACCUUAGUUUAAUAUGAAUUAAUGAAGUAACGAUUUUGUGAAUGACAAAAAGCAAAGAGUGGACAUUUUUUUUUAAUUUACUACUCAAGUGAGUAUAGAAUAUCAGAUAGAUGCUGUAAUGUCCCUCAAAAAUGAGGUGAAUCUAGUCUGAAUAAAUUGGCAGAAUUUUUAUUGAGCAUGUUUAAGGGGAUUUUAAUGUCUCAGAUAUUUUGCCACAGUUGUGAAGAACUGAUUAAAUUUCAAUGACGUUACAAAAAACCCAAGAAAAUGGUGCUGACUAGGGUUUUAACUUUUGUUUUCAUUUUUAUUACCGAAGUGAACAUAGUUUGUAAAAUAAAAGAAACAUUUUAAGUUUUUUAUGUUUAAUUUUAACUCGUUUUCUAAUUGUAGUUACUGUACUUAGGCUGUUUUUAAUUUAGUAAGUAAAGUAAACUUUAAUUUUGUUUCAUGAUUUUGCCGACAGAAGCCAACCCGUCUUUUUAAAUGUUGUACGUAAAGCAGUGACUGUUGUGCAAAGUCUUGAAAGAUCAUUGGAAAAAAAGGUUAAAAAAUGCACUUCCAUAACUUUCUGUUACAUAUUUCUGGACCGUG